GCAUUGUUCUCUGCUCGUAAACGCGCUCGCCAGCAUGCCCGACGCCUUCUUCGUCUCGAACAAGACGCGCAAGCGCAAGCGCUCCGGAUCCGUCCCCGAUGCGUCGGGCAAGUCGAAGAAGUUUGCCGAAAAGAAGGGGCGCGAGCCGCAGUCAGAUGGCGAGGAGAGGAGCGCGUCCGAGGAUGAGAGCGAGACCCCUGCAGAGAAGAAGUUAAGACUAGCGAAGCUCUACCUUGAGAGUGUAAAGGAGGGGUUAGCCGAGGGGGAGUUUGACGCCGCGGAUGUGGACAUGGAACUCAUCUCGGCGCACUUGAAGCAGAAUGUGCUGGAGUACUCGGGCAAGAUCCACCUGUUCGUCGCAGACUCUGUGCACCUGUCCCAACAACCACAAGAAGUGCUGCGAACGCGCGGGCAUCGACUUUCCGUCACAUCUGCUGUCGCGUCCGAGUCUGGCGAAUUUAUGUACACCGCAGGCAAGGAGGGCUCGAUCAUAAAGUGGGUUCUGAAGAACGGCGCGAAGCAAAAGACAAUAUUCAAAGUACGGCCAGACGUCAAGGGAAAGGGCAAGGCAGUCCCGGACGCAUCGCUACCAGGCCAUACGGAUGAGUACGUCGCUUCCGCAGGCAAGGACAGGCGCUGGAUCAAGAGCUUCAUCGGCCACCUUGGCCACAAGGACUCGAUCUCGUGUCUUACGUUCCGCAAAGAUUCUCAUCAGCUAUACAGCGGCUCCUUUGACAGCACGCUGAAGGUGUACGACCUCUCGCCCGACGUGAUGGGCUACGUCGAGACACUCUUUGGACAUCAAGACGUCGUGCUCUUGCUCGAUGCCCUACGCGGCGAAACCUGCGUCAGCGUCGGUGGUCGCGACAAGACCGCGCGCUUCUGGGAAAUCGUGAAGGAGACGCAGCUCGUCUUUCGUGGUGGCGUGCGCAGCCGCAUACGCGACGUUCACGAAGGCGGCCUUCGGGGCGAGGAUGUGGAGGGAAGCUUAGAGUGUGUGGCGAUGGUUGAUGAGACGACCUUCCUUACUAGAGGGGAUAGCGGUUCGAUCUGCUUGUGGUCGACACAGAAGAAGAAGCCGAUAUUCACGCAGCCCCUAGCUCAUGGCUUGCACGAGACCCCAUCAGAGACGGAAGGCAUGGUGCAGACACCGCGCUGGAUCAGGGCUCGGACCUGCCUUCAUUACUCCGAUCUCUUUGCGUCAGGCUCUUGGGACGGUACCAUCCGUUUCUGGAAGCUCGACCCGAAGCUCAAGUCCUUCUCUCUCGUUACUGCGCACGUGUCCAUCUCGCCCACUGCACUAGCUCCCAGGAAAACAUGCAACCGAAAGUCAAGGCCCCCGAACAGCGCAGAGAUAGGGGAGAAAGACGGAGAGAUCAUAUGA